GCAGUCCGGGUCCCCCUACCCAGCGGAUUGAGUGAAGGGCAGUGGGGAGCGAACGGUUCCGGCCAGGGCAGGGUGGGCUUACAAAGCCGGCCAUUCUGCAGCGGAUCAGAGGCUCUCCGGAUGCUGGAGGACGGCAGCUCGGAGGAGUAUUGGGCCCCCGAGCCGGCAGGCGCUGGAGGGCUCCUGCCUCAUCCAGGAACAGCGUGGGCCACUGGAGCAAGCCGGGUGGGAAGGGCAGCAGACGGAGAGACUGCAGGAAGAUUCCUUCCCCAGCGAUUAACAGGGCUGGCCAGCUUCCGAACUGCCUGCAAAGGGCACAGGCCUCACUGCUGCUCUGGUAGUUUUGGGGGGAAAAAGAUGGGAUGGGAUGCCAGCCACAAUAGCCUGCUCUGAGCAGGGAGAAAAGGAGUUAGUCCAGGGGGUUGAAGAAAUGUGGUAACCCAGAAGGAUGGGAAGGGUGCGAAGCCCACUGUUUGGGCUUGAGGCACCGAUCCACCAACAGGCAGACUGGGUUUGCACUGCCUAGGACAAGGUGCAGAGCAGGCCUUUGUCUUCCUGGAGCCUACUGCAUGGGCAUACCCCAUAGGUGAAGGCAGGAGAGAGGCUGAGCUGGCAGCACUGGAGUCACAGGCAGAGGGCUCUGGAGAAUGAGGCUGGUUCUACAGAAACUUGAAAUGUGAUGGCCAGGAAACUUGUGCUUCAGGGCCAUGGGACUGCAGCAAGUUGCUGGAGCCACGGAUUGCAACCCUCGGUGGGAUGGGACAGCUGCUUGCCAGAGAAAAGCUGAGGUCCAAAGACUGGUGUGGGAGCUGUACAUCAGGAGUGAGGGAUGUGUGAGGAGAGCAAAACUGGAACAGCAGGGAGCGGUGCAGAUGGGGCCAUCGGUUAUAAGAAUGGCAUUAUUAAUGUUUUGGGUGGGGAGCCUAAGACUGGAAUAGCAGGGAGCACAGAGUGUCUGGCAGCCAGUCCCAGCUGAGGGACUGGCACAAAUCUGGGUCUUCUGUUCUCUGAAAGACAAGGGGGAGAGCUCUGCAAAGCCAAAUCAUGACAAUGUGUUUGUGUGAGCAAGGAGAGAAAGGGAGACUUGAGGAGAUAGUAUGAUCUUAAAUUACUUUUUCUCUUUUAUCUCUUCUACAGUGAACCUCAUACCCUGAAUCUCCAAGGGAACCUUUAUAAAGGAUUGCCCCCUCCCUGCCAUCUCUUCAUUGUUCAUCAGCUCUGCCCUGCAUUCACAGGGAAGCUUGAAAAAGCACGCUGAGCACAGGAGGGCAGCAAAACAGACACUGCGGUGAGAGUGCCACAGGGUCUUGCUUAGGGAGCUCUCUGAAUCCUCCUCCUCACCCUCCACUCCCUGUUGAUGGCUCUCCGACUGACUUAGCAGGCAUCUGGCCACGAGUGUACCAUUUGCUGAAGGGGAUUACACAUUGUGCAUGCACCCUUUCAGCAUUUCUGUGGGACCUUUGUCCUGCUUCCUGUCUUCUCUGAAACUCUGUUAGCUCCUUGCUCAGUGGGACACUGGGCAACAGGUGCCUGCUGCUGUAAAACUCUUUGGAGUCCGAGCAGUCCCUGUUUGUUUGAGGCCUUCACCAGUCUCUGGAGAAGGUGUUCCCUCAGACAGAAGGUGUCUGGGAAGCACACAAGGUAAGGAGAACCUUUUCUUUGAGGGAAGAGUGGAGGAAAGGAAUGAAAUAGAUGGAGAGGAAAAAAAAAAGUGAGCAUGAGAGACUGAGGGAAGAAGCACUGGCAAGCUUUCAUGAGAAAGAAAGAAGGUGGAAGAAAGAAAAGGAAAGAGAACAACAGAAAAAAACAGGAGAAAGAGAUCAAGUGAAAGUAAUUUAAAAGAACAAAAGGAAAAGAGAAGACUGAGAGUGAGACAGAGAUGCAGGCUGUUCUGCAUCGUGCCUGGUGACAAUGCCUUGAGGAGUGCCUGCAGUGUGCAUACGCCUUGCAUCAGCACAGCAGCAGAUGAGGAGGGACGUGGUUCCCCCAGUGCGAAGUCUCAUUCAUCCUCUUGUAGUAACCCAGAGGCAGGAACAAGGUGCAGCCUAGCAGGAGGACAGCAUGGGGGACUCUGAAUCAGAGUCCACCUUGCACAACAAUUCGCUGUGGUGGCUGGCAUGUGGGAUGUUAGCCCUGCUGGCCAACUCUUGGAUUAUCCUCAGCAUCACAGCCAAGCAACAGAAACACAAGCCCCUGGAGCUUCUGCUGUGCUUCCUCGCUGGGACUCACAUCCUCAUGGCAGCAGUACCCCUCACUACAUACGCUGUGGUGCAGCUGCGGCGUGAGUCCUCCAACUAUGACUGGAACGAGAGCAUCUGUAAGGUCUUUGUGUCCACAUACUACACCCUGGCACUGGCCACCUGCUUCACAGUGGCCUCCCUUUCUUACCACCGAAUGUGGAUGGUGAGGUGGCCAGUCAACUAUCGGCUGAGCAAUGCCAAGAAGCAGGCUCUGCAUGCAGUCAUGGGGAUCUGGAUGGUAUCAUUCAUCCUCUCCACCCUGCCCUCCAUUGGCUGGCACAACAACGGCGAGCGGUACUACGCUCGUGGCUGCCAGUUCAUUGUCAGCAAGAUAGGUCUGGGCUUUGGUGUCUGCUUUAGCCUCCUGCUCCUUGGAGGAAUUGUCAUGGGCUUGGUGUGUGUGGGGAUCACCUUCUACCAGACCCUGUGGGCACACAGAAGGCGACGACAGUGCUGCCAUCAGAGGCCAGAGGAAGCAUCGUCCUGCUCAUCAGCACACAACACUUUCAAUGUGCCAGCCAUCGUGGUAGAGGAUGUACGAGGCAAAAGGAGGUCCUCGCUGGAUGGCUCCGAGUCAGCCAAGACCUCCUUGCAGAUGACCAAUCUCAUCAGCGCAAUUGUCUUCCUGUACGACACACUCACGGGGGUGCCCAUCUUGGUUGUGAGCUUUUUUAGCCUGCGCUAUGACACGGCACCCACUUGGAUGGUUCUGGCUGUGCUCUGGUGCUCCAUGGUGCAGACUCUGCUGCUCCCCUCUUUCAUCUGGUCCUGCGAGCGCUACCGAGCAGAUCUCCGCACCAUCUGGGAGCAGUGUGUGGCUAUCAUGUCUGAGGAAGAUGGAGAUGACGAUGGUGUGUGUGAUGAUUAUGGGGAUGGCAGGAUCUGCAAAGUAAGAUUUGAUGCCAACGGUGCUGCAGCUGUGAAGCGGGACUCUCGGGACAUCAAACUGCUACCAAUGCACCACAUGUUGUUGCCCCAGGACAAGGUGCAUUAUCUACAGGUCCCUAUCUCACGGAGGAUGUCACAUGAUGAGACUAACAUCUUCUCCGCCCACCGCUCCGCUCCAUCCUUCCUACACAAGUGGUCUUCAUCUGAUGACAUCCGCAUUUCCACCCUCCGCAAGUCUGGAGGCCCUGGAUUCUUGCCUCCUCAGCUGCAUGACUACCAGCACUGCAGGCAGCCCCCAGAAGACGAGCUGACAUCCCUACGGCAAUUUUUGGAGGGCGGGCUGGUGCCCCGGGGAUCCAGCUCCAGUGCCUGCUUCUUCCGAGAUGAGAUCACCACGUUCAUCGAUGAGACGCCACAGCCCUCCCCAGUCUGCAGCCCACGGCACUCCCGUCUCCCACUUGCAGCUUGCCGCGAUCGCCGCCUCUCGCUCGGCAGCAGAGAGGAGGAGAGCACUGAUCAGCCACGGUGCUUCUCUCUGGCUGGAAGCGAGGUCUGGCAAAUACAGGAUGAGGAGCAGGCACCGGGUGAAAGGACCUCUGAGGCCUGUGAGGCACAGGCCCUCCAGGAUCCCAAAUUAUGAGAGACAGCAUCAGAAACAUUCAGUGCCAUCGUGAUUUUUAAAUAAAACUUCAAACCUUCCCCUUGUCCCAGGACCUGAUUACUAAUUGACAUUCUCAUCUUUCUCGCCAGCAGGCAGGAAACAUGGCACCCCAUGGUAAGAGAAGUGUGGCAGAUCUGCAGAAUGGAGCUCCACGGACACGGACAGCCUGUGCCUGCCCUCAGGUUACAAACACCCACCGCUGCAACAGCCACUUGGCACCCUUGGCAGUCUUGUUGUCCCUUUGUGAACUCCACCCUUGCAUUCACUCUGCCCUCAGAGACGAGGCAAGCACGGAAUGUUAUUAAAAUUCUAUAUUUGGAGUGUCAA